UCAGUUUAUAUAUGUUGAUCAGACUGUUUUUUUUAGUACUUGGUGCUCUACUGGUUUGCUCCUUUUUGCUUUUAUGAAUGAGUUCGAUGGAUUAGAAUUUAAUCAUGGAAUGUGAUUUGUGGUAUUAGAUAUGAGCAAAAAAAGUGAAUCCAGGGGCAAACAAUUUAGGUGGUCAAAACCCAUGGAGCGUGUGUUGUUGGAAGUUCUUGCCGAUGAGGUGAAAAUCGGGAAUAGACCUAACAACACUUUUAGAACAAGCUCAUUCAAUCGGGUGUCGAGUGUCAUAUUUGAGAAAUUCAACAUUGAAUGUUCAUCGGAUCAUGUUGAACAUCAUCUUAGAACUGUGAAAACUGCAUGGGGUAUCAUAGCUCAACUUCGGGAUAAAUCUGGAUUUGGAUGGGAUGACAACAUGAAGAUGAUAAUUGCUAGUCCAACUGUCUACACAGAACAUGUUCAGGCACAUCCAACUCAUGAAAAGUAUCUUAACAAGAAGAUUGAAAUGUAUGAAGAGAUAGCUUUAGUGGUGAACAAAGAUCGUGCGAAAGGAAAUUUUGCUAAAUCAUUCAAUGAUGUUGACUUGGAUAUUGAACCAAUAAAUUCGGAUGCUGACAUUGCCAUUGAAGACAUCUCUAAGGACAAGAAUGCGGGAAAACAAUCCGCAUCCUCAAGUGAAACUUUUGCCCAACCAAGACGUCAUCGCAAGCGUGGUCGUGAUACUCAUGAUGAGGAGUCGGAUAUCAAAACAAUUUCAGAAAAGCUUGGGCAAGUUGCAGAUGCAAUUACUAGGCUGACAUGGGAUAGGCUUGAUGUUCAAGCUCUUCAUGAUGAACUGAUGAAGAUGGAAGGUUUUGAUGAGGCUUUUCUAGGCGAGGCUUUUGAUUAUUUGGUUGAGCAUGAAAGACUUGGGAAGGCAUUUAUGGCGAAGAGCAUUAACCUCCGAAGGAUUUGGCUUGAAGAUUUUAGCAGCCAUAAAUUUUGAAGUGAAUUAUAUCUAGUGUUCUAUGACUUACCUGUUCUUGUUGCUAGUAGCAUAUUUUUUUUGUUAAAAAAUCUUAUUUGUUGCAAGGGUUGAUUUGUAUUUCAAUUCCGAUGGUAACG